CUUCCUCCAUCCCUCCUCUUACUCCCUCCUCUCCUCCCUCCAUCUCCUCUCUCUCCUCUCGACAGGCGGCAGGAUGGACGUCGUAAAUCAGUUGGUGGCCCAAGGCCACUUCCGGGUGCUGAAGGUUCCUCUGGGCUUCAUUAAGGCCUUAGAAUGGUUCUUCGCCAUCUUUGCCUUCUCCACCUGUGGCAGUUAUUCUGGGAUGUUCCGGAUGGCGGUGGAGUGUAAGAACCGGACAGACAGCGACCUGAGUAUAGAGGUGGAGUUUGAGUAUCCAUUCAGACUCCACCAGGUGUAUUUUGAUGCCCCCACCUGUAAGGGCGGAGACACGGAGCGUUACUUCCUGGUUGGUGACUACUCCUCCUCGGCCGAGUUCUUUGUCACCAUCGGUGUCUUCGCCUUCCUUUACUCCACAGCAGCUCUCAGCAUCUACGUCUUCUUCUUCGAGAAGUACAAGGAGAACAACAAGGGCCCUCUGAUCGACCUGGGUGUGACUGGAGUGUUUGCCUUCAUGUGGCUGGUGAGUUCGGCGGCCUGGGCUAAAGGUCUGUCCGACGUGAAGACUGCAACUGACCCGGAAAAAGUGAUCACUCUGAUCUCCGCCUGUGACAGUGAGGGGAACCGCUGCCGUGAAGUCCACGACCCGGUCAUGUCUGGACUCAACACCUCCGUGGCUUUUGGUUUCAUCAACCUAGUCCUGUGGGUGGGAAACCUCUGGUUCGUCUUUAAGGAGACGGGCAUCAUCGCUCCCUUCAUGCGAGCUCCACCUCCUCAGGAGAAACCUGCCGCACCAGACGCCUACGGCCAGCAGGGGGCGUACGAACCGGACCCCUACGCCAGCAACCAGGGGGGCUACCAACCCGACUACAACCAGCAAGGAUACAACCAGGAUGCAGAGUACGGUCAGGGCUAUGUCCAGCAGGGGGCACCCACCUCCUUCUCCAAUCAGAUGUGAACUGACAGUCACCAGAAAGUGUUGGAGUGAACCAAUAGUGGGUCGCCUGCAACCUACCCACAAUGCAACACUCCCGUCUGUCUGCAAAGUCAAUGGGUGGGGUGGGGGUUAAAAGAGAGGGUUGGGGUGGGGGUAUAGAUGUUCACUAUAAUGAAUCGAUGUGUAAAUGAUAAAAAAGAGUUCUAAAUAACAAAUCCACAACUUGAACAAAACAACAAGGCCGAUGAAUACAAACCUUCUGAAACAAGUGACGAUGUUGAUAAGAGUUAUUCAUAUUAAAGUACAUAAUCUGUGGAGAGAA